AAAAAUAAAGUGUCAAAAUGUUAAAUAUGGCUGCUUUGUGUUCGUCAUGUUUUGUGUCGUAUUUAACGUGAAUUUAAUAAAUAAAAUGAAAAAUGAGUACUACAAAUAAUUAAAUAAAAUAAAUUGUGACGGCCCCAACUAAUUUGUAGUCUAAUACACAAAGUUAAAAUGCCGAAACUCAACAUGUCAGUGGACAAGGCUAUAGAAAUGAAAAGCAAUGAGAUCGAUAAAAGCAAACGUCGUCAUAAAACUGACGACACUAUUAUUGCGACAGCGGUAACGAAUAGUUGUGAAGAUACAUCGCAAUACGCGAAGAUGGAGAUGGCGGAUGAAAGUGCAGGAAAGCCUACAGAGUUGAUCCUUCAAGGCAACUCUCAUCUGAUGUCGAGUACUACCAGUAGUUUGGCCGAUACCCCCGGUGAUUCAGGUGUUUUGUGUUUAGAUAGUGAAGCGUCAGAGGCGACGAGCCAAGCGCUCAUGUCCCACAGCCUUGUCGGCGCCGAGGAACUGACCUGCGACAGUAUAUACGACGCACCGCCUUCCUGUUCACAGGAUAUGAUCAAAAGCUCAACCAGCAGCAUAAUGACCCGCAGCGACAUAGACAACCAGAACAUAGGAGCUCCCGACGACAUCGUCCCCGAGUUACUCAUAGAAACAAAGAAAUUAUCUCCAUACGAAAACUUGCCAGAUGUAGUGUUAAAAGCAUUAGAAAGUGAAAAGGUUACAGAGGAAACUAGAAAGCCCGCCUUACGGACAUGUGAACCAAAGAAGUCUCUCUCUGAAGAUAUUGUGUACAGGAGGAGAUGUAGGAAAAAACAACAAAAUGCCCAAGGGUCUCAGAAGAAGCGUGUGUCAUUCCACGAAGAUAUACUGAACAAUACUAAAACAGACAAUAUACAUAUAGAAAGAGGAUUCAUUUCAUACAGGCCUGAUAGUUCUUACUGUGAUAGGUUUAGGCAAAAGAAUAAUAUUGUGGCUGAUCGUUUUUCGUGGUGUGCGUCUGGAGACAGAUCACCAAAGUAUGCAGCUGAUGUGGCUCAACAGACAAUGUCUGACAUCCUCACUUAUGGUGACUCUAAAAAUGAUAGGAGUGGGAUCUUCGAGUACUGUCCAAGCCAGAAGGAACAGAGUCAGACCAAUAAUGACAAAGACAACAAUAAUGAACCCCCUAGACCAAACGGCAAACUUUACGGAUGUGACUCAAACAGCUCAGAUUCUAAUUUUAGUUGCGAUUCUGAGACAUCUUCCAGUGAGUCAUCAUCCUCACAUUCAAAUAAAACUGAAACAUCCCCUCUUCGCCGUAAGUGUGAUAAAGCGCAGAAAUCUUACUCCUGUGAUGGGUUCGAAAAUAAUGGACAUGUAGCCUUUAUGAGAAAAACUUAUUUCUCAGAGGCUGACAUAGAUCAAUCCCAUGAUCGAAGUAAGAAGCCUCUUGAAGUGUCACAAAGUCCCAUCACAGUUAAAUCUGUAUUAAAGAAAAAACGAUACAUUCCAACCAACAUUGUUGAAGAGAAAAAACAAAAUAAAAAAGUCUUAAGUUUAUUAGAUGCCAAUAAUAUUAUAGACUCCUUAAAGAAUUUCUAUAAAAAUUUCAAUUUCAAUUUUACUCCAGAAAAGGGCUUGCCAGAAUCUAGUUUAGAGUUGAAUAAUGUUGUAGAAGCACUGCCUUGUGAUGUUAAUCAGAAUAGGAAAUUGUCUAAAAGCCUGGAUUCAGGGUUCCAAGUUGAAGAUGAGGAUGAUUUUGUUGAAAUAAAUCUCAAUGGACAAUUGGAAGCGGAAAAACCGAAGCAAAUUUCGACGCCGUCUAAAAGCGCAGUCGCGGGCGACAGGACGCCAAAGGAAGGGUCGCCGCGGCAUAAACUCACGCUAAACAUGAAAAAUCAAGACAAAAAACCAACCAACAAAGCUGAAGCCUUUCCGCCGCUGAGCAAAUAUGUUGUUAAUUGUGAAAGUACAGUUUACGAGCACAAAGGCGUGUCCUACAGCUACGUUCAUGAUACAUUCCAAACGGCCUUUGAUGCGCCCAAAGAGACGUUCGUACCCAUACCGGAGUCGACGCCGAUCAAAGAAGCGCCGAAGCCGGCUAACAAGACGGAAUCGAAUUCGAAAUUAUCGGACGUUGACACGUCGAGCAAAACGUCGACUCCGAAAAGGCAAUUCAACAAAAAUGUCCAAGAUGAAACGGUGCAGAAGAAUGGCGUUUCGAAACAUCUGUCUUCUCCUAAGAAGCAGAACGUCAAUAGGUAUAGUCGGAAAUCGGCGUCGACCGUGCAGAAAGUGAGCGAGGAGGCAGCGCAGGUGAACAGCGACAACUGCUCCAACACGGACAACUCGACGCUGAAGGGCGCUGAAGAAUUCAACGACGAGUUCUUCGACAGUCCGGCGAACCAAAAAUUACAAUCGAACAAAUCGGCGUUACUAAACCGUUACUUGAAAAACGUUUGCCAAAGGAAAGACCUUGAACUCAAAAUAAAGAACAAUAAGUUCUUUCAAAUCAAACUCAAGCUGGAAAAGCGGUUUCCAAGCAUCAUAUAUCCUUUCAAAGAGGUGUCGGAGACGUUUCACAUUUCCGCCGAGAGAAUGUCGCGCCUCAUAGACAAAGAGGUGAUAGAGAACAAAAGGCUGUCGGUCAGAUUGCUGACAGCCAACGAGCCGUCGUACUUUGAUAGCUUCGAGGACAAUGUCGCCAUUGAAUGCAACGAGAAGCUCCGGCUGCAGAUAUUCUCGUACCCCAAUGAGACUUUGAACAGGAUGAUGAAAGUCCAAUCACCCUACAACAUGGACGAUGGCUCUUGGACACCACUACUGGUGUUCAUCACUGACUACGCCCUGUACGUGGCCAGCGUGAAGCCAGGCGGCACUGAAUACGACAUAUUGUGUCGGUUGCCUCACAACGAGCUUGAUGCUAUAGCGGUGGGUCCAGAAGGUCAAUACAUCCAGAUAAUAGACAUCGCGGGGAACAUAGCGUGCUCCGUGGUGACUGGGGAGGCGUCGCUCGGCGCCCGGCUCGCGUCGUCGCUCGAGUGGAGCGCCAGGACUUCGCCCCUGCGCAUACAGCGCCCGCCUGCGAUGAUACCGCUCGGAUGUAGGGAACUCGCCGCGGCUGUGGCAAGGAAACGAUUCGAGAAGCGGAUACCGCAAAUCCUGUACUACGGGCGCGCGUGCUCCGGCGACGCGGGCGACAGGCUCAUCGAGGCGCCCGGGGCCUUCGCGCCGCCGCUCGAGGGCUACCUCAUGUGCAGGACCGACCGAAGCCGACGGUUCGAGCCGUGCUACUUUUUACUCAGGGCCGGAGUCCUGCACUGGGGCCCGCACUCCCCCGACGGGUCCCCGCUGCCUCACAACAUCGCGCUGCGGUCGGCGGUGGGCGUGCGGCGCCACUUGGACUCCUCCCGCCGCCCGCACUGCUUCGAGAUCGCGCUCAACGACUCCUCACGACUGCUGCUGGCCGCGCCUGAUGAUGCCACGGCGUCAUCGUGGCUGCAGUCGCUGCUGCUUCAUGCCGCGCAGGCCCUGGAAGAGAAAGACGGCACGAAGAAGCUGGACCCUCGCGCGGGCCAGCCGCCGCCCGCCUGCACCGUGCUGGUGACGCCGCACGAGGUCAUCAGUCUUCGCGACACCCUCGACCUCGCCUUCGUCGCCGGCGCAGCCGCCUACCUCAAGGACAGGGGGUCGGAGUCGCUGCUCAAAGAAUACAUAGAAGAAAUGAGGACAGACAUAGAGAUACUGGCGUGCGGUUCCAUAAAGAACUUGACAGCGUUCAAAAUACCCGACACGGAUGAAAACUGGUGCUGCUUGGAGUGGAGUGUAUGCGAGGCGCGGGAGCGCGGCGCGGGGCUGGCGCUGUCGCUGGCGAGCGGCGCCGAGCUCGAGCGGCUCAUACAGGCGCUCGAGCGGGCCUACGCGCACACCACCUGCGAGCCGUUUCCCCUAAUGGUGGUGGAAGCGGCGAAGUCAGCGUGCAGCGCCGCGCACGCCAAGUACGACGCCGCCUGGGCGCACAUGCUGCCCGCGCAACAGUAAGCACCACCACUCUAGCCAAGCGACAUACACGUGCGCGUGCGCAGUGCCACGAGUUCACACCACAGCCGGUUAACGCGCGUUGACUUACCCACGGAUUUUAUACGUGCAUGGCAAAAUGACUCCACUGCACUUGAUGGUAAAUGGAGUGGAGUCCAAUAGAAUGUCGACUGAAGAGAAACGAUUAUCCUUCGGUAGUCGACACAAUUAUGCCGGCCAAUUGGAACCGGAUAUACAUAGUCUGAUCCCGGAACGCGACACUUACGUGGGCCACUAUGGCGUGUUUUAACACCUUGUAUACGGUGGUCGCUAUCCGGGCGGAUAUAAAAUAUAUCCUACCACCAGCAAAAAUAAUACACGUAACUGUGAACUUUAGCGUCGUUUUGGAAUCAUAGGGUUUUAUCAUAAUGUAUUGAUAAAUAGUUAAAUCUAAGUACUCUCUCACUCCAAAGCGACGCUAAGUACGCAAUGUGGCUUCUUAAAAUGUAGAACAAUUAAAACUUAAAGGGAAGAAUCUGUCAAGGCUAACCAGAUUUAUGCCUCUUUUCAAUCUAAAAGACAGUAUUACAGGAGAGAUCACGUAUUGAGGCAAGCUGUUUAAGAACAUUCCGAAUGAGACAACGCGCGUUGAUCGCCUGGCACGUGGAUGUACUACAUCACAACUUGUAUAGUACCACGUAUAUAACUAAUAAUAUUAGAAGAAACAAUAUUAGGUGCCUAUUAUGCAUAGAAAUGUUUUAAUAACUUAUAUCACGAAGACAAUGUUUUCAUAACUAUUGUCAAAAGACUUAUUUAGGAAAAUAAUUAUUUUUAUUAUUUUCCAUCACCCUGUAUUUCAAUAACAUCUCGAUGUAGUGAACAACCUGUGCAUAAUAGGCCCAUAAUGGUCUAAAAGGUGCCAAGAUAAUUAUUUAAGCUGCGUACCACGUAUUAACUAAAACAUUUUCUGCAGGUCCAAAUAGUAGCACUAGCACGAGAGGCCUCCGGCGUGCCUGCGACGAGCAUCGUGUAAUCCAGCGAAUGUAUCGAACUAAUAUUGUUUCAGCGGCUAUUUGGCAACCAAUUGUUUAUACCAGUGGUUCCCAAAGUUGAUUGGAUCGCAGUACACCUGAUAAUAACUUCCAAAUAUUGAUAGCCUCUUGGCUGUUAAACUUUUUUAAUAUUUAAUUCAAUAAUUUUAGUUACUUUUUACGUUUAUCAGUCGAAGGUGUUGGCCUGAUCGGUCGAUGUAUUGCCGAAUUUUCAGGACCCACUUAAUAUUCCUUGGCGAAGCAUCAGUGGCUCGUGAAAUAAUAAUUUGGGAAAUGCUGGUCUAAACGGUAGAUAGAAAUAAAGCGCUGAAAUGCUUCAUUAUUUUUAUACAUUCGCUUGAUAUUUUUUGAUGCCGUCAAUGGCCGUUGGCUGGUUAUUGAAUUACAGAUUCGAUUUUGUUUACGAAGCGGCUUCGAUGAUAUAUUUUAUUAUAUUGCCUCUUUGAUUUGAUGUUAUUAGCAGUGGUUUAGAGUUUUUGAAAUUGCCGCCAUGUUUUUUCCUGGUGUUACCAAUUUAUAAUUUUAAAUGUUACUGUAACUGUUUAAUUUUAGUAGAAAAUUUAAAAAUACCUAUAGCAGUUUGAAGGCAAUGAAUCUCAUUAAUAAAAUAAUUGUUAGGUUAUGAUUAAUUAAAAACAAAUUUGCUUUAACGCUUUAAUAAAUUACCAUUAUGACGCAGCUUAAAUAAUUUGUUUUGUUUUCUUUUUGAUGUAUACAAUUGCAAAUAUUACUUAAUCUUUACAGAUAUUGAUAUUUGGUACUGUACGAGACCAAGUCGUUUCAUAAAUUGUGUACUUACCGCAGUAAAGCUGCACAAGAAAUAUUGAGCCACGAUUUAAAAAUUGGUGUGAAGUUGGUUAUUGACACCCGAUUUUAAUAAACGAAUCUAAUACCAAACUUCAAUUCAAUGGUAACUAUAAACCAAUCAGAGAAACUCAUCUAUAAAGAUGUUAAAAGACUGUUAUGAUUGGCCCAUUUUGGCCAUCGAUCUGAAGUUAUUGGAAUCGUUUAUUAUAAUGGUCCGUUUUGUAUAGUGACAAUACUGCCGAUCCAACGAGUAAGGUCUUCAAUGUGUGCUUAAUGUUACAAAUAACAACACAAUGAUAACUUGCAUUUAAAAUAAGUUAAGUGGGUGUUUGGAUCUUUCGCCUGUUGUUUUCGAUUGGAGUGCUAAGUACUUACUGUUUGUUUUGUUUUCGUCAUAUUUUUACUGAAAAGGACUGUUUAUGUUUGUGUGUUUGUUUUUACUGUAGACACAAAAAAAUAUGUAUAAAAAAUACAAACACAAAAAUUGAGAACUUUUGAGGAAAUCGGUAAACCUUUUAUUACUUUUUUGUUCAUCCAUAAGGAUAAUCGUGAAAUUGUUUUUUUAAUAUCAAAAAACGCGUUUCAAUUUACGCUCUUUGUCGUCCUACUAAAGUUUGUUUCAUUUUGCUCAUUGAAAAGUGUCUAUUCAGUAAAAUAAUAUGACGAAUGCGCAAUGCAUGUAUAAAUGACAAUUUUUUAAAUUGUGGCCCAACUUUCACACCGCAUAAAGGUGCUUAAAGGCGAGGGUAAAUAAUGAAUCGACAAGUACUUGUAACACACAUGUACAUGUAGCAAUAAAUAUAAUAUACAACGUUAUUUAGUGUUGUUUUGUCGAGUAUAAAAUUAAUAAUUUGUUGUGUUAUAGGUUAAUAAAACAAGUCCAUUGCGUAUGUAGCUAUUUUUAAUACGUCGGCCAACAAGUCACAAUUGAUUUACAUAUUAUAUCCAUUAUGUCAGUCGACCAGUUAUCGGCGGUCCUACGUAUACUAGUAUAAGUGCAAAAAUACAACUUUACAGGAUUGCGAUUUAAACAGUCUAAACUUUGUAAAUUUACUAAGUUUAGAAUGUUUAAAUCGCUCUCCUGUAAUGUUGUGAUUUUGCACUUCGACGGUCCCUACGUAAAGUAUUGAAUCUGCAAAAUUGCAUUUUGCAGAUUCAAUACUUUGCUGAGGGACCGUCGAUAUUUAAACGUUCCUUAUUAAAAUGAACUGCAUUUAUUUAAGACAAUAAGGAUCGAAGUGCUUAUCUCCGUGGUGAUAUAACACUAAACAAGCGAAGGAUAUUCGACGGUCACUGCAAAAUGCAAUUUUGCAGAUUCGAUACUUUACGUAGGCACCGUCCACUUAUACUAGUAUACGUAGGACCGGUCGUUAUAUUGUGUACACCAUUCCAUACACAAUGACUUGUUUCAUUAAUAUAACAAAACGCUUCGUACGUAUACCGUUGUGUGAAGUUCUUUGUAAAUGAAUAUUCAAAUCACAAAUUCUAUCUCAUAGUAGAUCUCUCUUAAAUGUAAAAUAAUAUAUAUAAAUCAAAAAGGUAUUAUCUACGUGUUUUCUCUGAUACAUUUACGCAGUUAUUAGUUUAAUCAAUUUAUCCUCCUGGCGUCUACAGUUAAAUGCGAUAUGCGAAGAAUAUUUUCUGAUAUAUUAAGUUUUUAACAGAUACGUUGUUUAUCUCAAAAACAUAAUAUACAGGAAACGUCCAGUCGUAACUGGUUGUGUAUAGCUUAACUCGGACGUCAGUUAACUUGUUUAGUAAAUAAUGAAUUAUUCAUAUUCUACUCUAUUACCUUAAAUACCACAGGAUAUUUGCCGAUCGUUAACAGUACUCGAUCUCCAAGUAAACAUUUAGACGUUGAACUAGAUUGUUAGAAUGCUUUUAAAUUAAUAUGUAGAUGUUCUCGUACUUCAUAGUAUUAGGUACAAGAUACUCCAUUAUGAUAAAGCUGCGUCCACACUGUUGCGAAACGAUCGCCUAUCCGAUAUUCAUUUAAUAAAAAUGUCGGGCCUGAAAUGUGUUCGCUGCAAUGUGAACGCAUCUUAACGAAAUUAAUAAUAUAGUAGUACAUUGAUAUGAUAUUUAUUAUGAUAUUUAUUAAUAAAUUUGAAUAAUAUAAUUUAUGUAUGAAACUUGACCAGAUAAAUUAUAUUGAGAGCGUCUGUAUCGCCUUAUAUAAAAUUUUCUUCGUCCGUAUGAAAGAAUCUGGGUUGUAAGGCACACCAAGGAUGGAAUUUAUUCUUCGAAUUACAACUUACAAGAUAUUUAUUAUUUCUUUCAAUUGUUUAGAGAGGAUUCUAAAAUGACAUAAUUGUGAUAAUUUAUCAUAUUUAUGGUUAUUUAUUGCAGUAUUAAUUUCCAGCGAAUGACAUAUUUAAUUCUCAAAAAUACAUUUCGUUGAACAAUGAGACAUCUGUAGAAUAUCAUAAUACAUGUGCUAAAUAAAUAUGAGAAAACUCAAGUUAGAUUCUUCUUUAAACAAUUGAUCACUUUUUCUUGUUUCAUACUUAAAAAUGAAUAGGCGUGUGUUUUGGCUGAUUGUGAUUCCGCGCUAUUCUGAGACUUGAUAUUCGAAUGUACGUAUCCCUGUAAAAAUAUCGAAUGAAUAAACAAACAGUUUCGAUUGGUAAGAUGUAAAUUAUUCGAUAGUGGUUAGGGAUAUCGAUUGGCAAGUUUUACAGAAUAAGGCGUCGUAUCGAGUAAAGCUUAGUAGAUUUUGUACGUGGAAAAAAUUGAUGUUUUUUACGUGAACCUUUUGUAGCUUUAACGUUUUAAAGCUACUUUUAAUGGUUUUUGUUAAUUUUUGUAUUAAAAAUGUUUGUUUGAAUGGUAAAUGAUCAAACAAUCCCGCUGGUUGGGGAAAUCUGUAAUAUCUCAAUGUGGCAUCACAUUAUGUGCAUUUACCAAACAUAAAUUUGUUCCCGGCAAAAGCAUAUAUUGUGGCGUCACCUUCUUUUAGUAUCCUUUGACUCAAUGUCUCAAAGAUAUGUACCUAAGAUGUUUGGCUGCUUUUUAAAAUAAUUUUAGAACAAUUAAUCCCAAUGGUUGUCUUGCUUAUUAAAUAGUUGUUACCAAAUAUAUCAAAUUCAAUAUAAUAUCAUUUCAUAUGUGUAUUAGGCCAGUGUAUGGGCCGUGUGAUAUUAAUGUAUAGUGUAGUAUUAGCCGAAUAUGGACUGUACCUUAUCGACGUCUUAACAGCUAACGUAUUUAAAAAAAAAUAUUAUAAUAAUGGAAUUUAUUAUUAUUUACGUUUAAAUCAUCUCAGUGAUAAUUUUCAAGUCAUUUGUCGUAUUGUAAUAGAUGGAAUUUUCAGUUUAUUUAGUUCAAUUGUAAUGGAAUUUAUUUUUUAUUUUUGUACGUUUGUAUUCGUCAUUGGAGGUUAUCUUGUAUGUUUCCGCGCUUGUGUGUAUGUGUAUUUGCGCUUCGGACUAUUCUUUAACUGUGAUUAUUGUUUACUAUUAAGUUUGUUGUUUACGCAUAAUAAUAGUUUCGAUGUUUUUAGCUUUAAUGGAAUCUUUAAAUUACAUUUCAAAUGAACUGUUUUGUUGCGUAUUUGUCUGUGGUUUGUAGUGAACAGUGCAGAGUGUUUUUACUUCGAAUGUGAAGUGAUCGAUUUUUUCUUCAUAUCGAUAAACUAUUGUAGUUGUACUGUUAAAUGAGGAGGUUUUUAUAUCGAGUUCUAAAAAUACUAAUCUGACAAUCGAUAGAAACUAUAUCAUUUCUAAUCGAUUGUCGAAAAAACACCCUGUAUCUAACUUUAGAAAAGACUCUUAGCAUAAAAAAAACGUAUCUUUUAGAAGUCUAUAUUCAGUUACGAAUUACUGACUUAGUUAUAAAAAAAAAUCUAUUUUUUUCACGACAGCCCCAAUAACAUAUAUAUUCUACUGAAAGCAUAUUUCUCUACACUGUCCGCUACAACGCAGUAUUGUAAAAAUCAUUAAACUAUUACAUUCUGCUAUUUAUAUUUUAUCUAAUUGGCUAUGAUGUUUAUUGUUGAAUACCAAAAUUCUAAUGCGACAAUAUCUUCCGUUUUCAACAUAAUUGUUAGCUAUUAUGAAGUAUUAAUAAGAACAAUAAUAAUGUAACACGCUGUAAGAUGUAGAUGCUACUUUUUCGGAAUCAUCAAUACAAUGUAAUUUGUAUCCCUCCACGUUAUCAUUUAGCUGAGUGUCUUUUUGAAAUUAAGUUUAUGUUGUAUAUAAUAUGUUUAUUUUUUCUACCAUUUCUACUACUUUUGUUUGUGGCAACAUUUAUUAUUUAGACAAUAUUUAUGAUCUGUACAAUUUGUAAUGCUGAUUUUAUUUAUGAUUACAUUCUGUGCUGUUCUUUUGUGUUGAAAAAUCAUGAUUUCAUAUAAAGAUCUCAAUUUGCGUAAGAUGUCGAAUCAUUCCGUAUUUUCGAAAGGACACUCGAGUCAUUGUAGGAUAACAUAUUGUACAAUCGGUAACAAGUCUUGCGCACUCGUCGAAGGAAUUGCUCGUCUACUGCGCUAACGGGCUGCGGAGACUCGCGACCGACUGAAGAACUCGAAUAGUUAGGCCAUUCGAAUUAUUAUCGCUUGACAUUAUUGUUCAUAUAUACGACGUAAUAAAUAUUUGCGAGAA